ACUCUGGCCUUGACACCUGCUGCCUCCUCACCUUCUCCUGGGUCAGGGUGAGGCUGCCAUGUGGGCGUGGAGGUGACUCAGGCAUGGCACGUGGGCGGGCGGGCACUGCAGCUGUGGCUGGUGGGUGUGGCCUGCCUGGCGCCAAGGGCAGGUGGCCCAGCCAGUUCUGCCUCUGAAGCCUCAUUCCAGCCAUCUCUGUACCUGUGAUGAGAGCCUCCUGCCGCCUCAGCCACUGCCCCACCGGGGGGCCUUGGGCCCCGGACAUGCGGUGAUCUCAGAGCAGGGGCAGCCACCGCCACCCGACCUCACCAGCCAUGAAUGCCCACACCAAGGAGAUGGUGCCCCUCAUGGGCAGAAAAGCCACCGUCACCAGUGGGAACCAAGUCGUCCUACAGGAGAAGAGGCCGGCAGAGAUCACCCCCACUAAGAAGAGCGCACACUUCUUCCUGGAGAUAGAAGGGUUUGAGCCCAACCCCACUGUCGCCAAGACCUCUCCUCCCAUCUUCUCCAAGCCGAUGGAUUCCAAUAUCCGGCAGUGCCUCUCUGGCAACUGUGAUGACAUGGACUCCCCACAAUCUCCUCAGGAUGAUGUGACAGAGACCCCAUCCAACCCCAACAGCCCCAGCGCAAACCUGGCUAAAGAAGAGCAGAGGCGGAGAAAGAAGAGGCUGAAGAAGUGCCUCUUCGCGGCCGUGUCCGAGGGCUGCGUGGAGGAGCUGGUGGAGCUGCUGGUGGAGCUGCAGGAGCUUUGCAGGAGGCGCCGCAACCUGGACGUGCCCGACUUCCUCAUGCACAAGCUGACGGCCUCAGACACCGGGAAGACCUGCUUGAUGAAGGCCUUGCUCAACAUCAACCCCAACACCAAGGAGAUCGUGCGGAUCCUGCUCGCCUUUGCCGACGAGAACGACAUCCUGGACAGGUUCAUCAACGCCGCGUACACCGAGGAGGCCUAUGAAGGGCAGACGGCGCUGAACAUCGCCAUCGAGCGGCGGCAGCGAGACCUCACCGCUCUGCUCAUCGCGGCCGGUGCCGACGUCAACGCCCACGCCAAGGGGGUCUUCUUCAACCCCAAGUACCAGCAUGAGGGCUUCUACUUCGGUGGGUGUCUGGCCGGGCUGGGGCUGGGCUGA